AUGGAUACCUUUCGAGUUCUAACACGCCUAAUAGCAGCAGCCGUUCUUAUGUCAGGUGCCAAUGCACUGUCGAUCACUACUCAACCUCCGUGGUUCCAGGGAUAUUGGAUAGAAAAUGAUCUCACAACUUCUACAUUAAGCUGUGCUACCAGCGAGACGUUCCUCACCUACCUUCACUAUGCAACAUGUUGUGACACUGCACUUGUAGCAACAGGACUAUGUCUACCAGCUACAGAAUGUCUAGGACACAUCUUGACGAAACAAGGAGGUUCCACGUCCAACUGUGGAUCCUCAUAUUCUUGUGCUACCAUAGAUAUAUUCCAAACUUCACCAGUGGGAGGCCAGAUACCUAUAACAAACGUCGUAUGCGCUACCGGCUGGUCAGCAUAUACAAUAUUCCAAGACCUUCCUACCACAACUUCGACUAGUUCGUCAAGUACUCCUACAGCUUCUUCGGUCACAUCAACAACUCCCUUCUCAAAGGGUUCCUCCCCAGCUGCAACACCAACACCCACUCCAACCCCCCAUUCCUCAAGCAAAGCCUGGGUAGCAGGUGCAGUUAUCGGACCCCUCGCUAUUACAAUUGCUCUCGGUGUCUUCGGGUUCUGGAUUGGACGUCGCAGGGCAAAGGCCACCGCGUUGGAAGCAGUACCAAGAUAUAAUCCGGUUUCAAAGUCACAGGCAGGAACCUCAGAGUCGAGAUGGUCUCCGUAUCCACUAUAUGAGCUUGAGAGUGAUGAGAGAUAG